AUGGUUGUUUUUGGUAUUAUACCAGUGAUAGAGUUGUGGUUACAUUGGUCGGAGAACAGUGAUCUCAGGGAUUUUCUACUAUCCCUAUUCCUGGUAGGGAGUGCAGCAAUUACUGUCCAAAAGCACGAGAAAAAUAAAUCAGUCAUAUUAAAGAAACACGACAAAAGAGGACUUUUAAAUUUGGAAUAUGGCGUACCCGAGCAAGUCUUUAGUCCACCUGAACCAGCCCCUGUCUUCGAGACUUCCAUUCCGGACAUAGGGGCACACUUGGAUCACGCGAUUGGGCCAGUAGCGCCACCACCGCCGCCACUACCGCCAGCCAUAGCACAUGUAGCUCCUGCAGUUCCACUACCAGUUCCGCACCCAAUUGCGCAUCCGGUACCAAUCGCAGUGCCUCAGCCAGUUGCGCACCCGGUUCCAGUCGCAGUGCCUCAGCCGGUUCCACACCCGGUCCCAUUCGUGGUUCCAGUGACCAAACACGUGGCGGUGCCUGUACCAGUCGACCGAGCGGUCCCAGUGCCAGUGGAUCGUCCCAUUCCGGUACCAGUCGCGGUUCCAGUCCCAAAGCCGUAUCCGGUUCACGUGGAGAAGAUAGUGCACGUCGACAGACCCGUGCCUGUUCCCUUCGACAGGCCAGUUCACGUGCCCGUGGAUCGACCUGUGGCUGUUCCUGUCCCUGUACCCAAACCGUUCCCGGUUCCCUACGAGAAAGUGAUCCAUGUGGACAGGCCUUAUCCUGUGCACGUGGCCGUACCUUACCACGUGCCCAAACCUUUUCCUGUACCAGUUGCUGUUCACGCUCACAAAUCCCAUGGAUGGCUCAAGUAA